AUGCCUGCCCCGGUCAUGUCGCAGCUCGAAAACACAUCUGCUAUCCUCGGCGAGUAUAUGUUGAAAGGAUGGACACUGACCGACCUGCACUGCUCGUCAUGCAGAGUGACACCUCUCAUGAGGGAGCCUAGUGCCUCUGCGGAGAGAGAAGGAAGGCAGAGCAUACAGUUCUGUGCGCUAUGCGAUGGUAGACCCGAGGGAAGAUUACCUACUUCUUCUUCGUCUAUCACUCAACCUCAGAACCCGAUCUCAUCCAGCUCGACUUCCGACAAUCAGCCUAGAGAAGAAAUACAGACUCGAGAAGAAGAUAGGAAAUCUAGCCAAUCUGACGAAGCUGCCUUAUCCAUCUCCGAGCUCCUCCUCAAAGGUUACUCGUUAUUAGGUGAUAAUUGUCCUAAUCCAGCUUGCAAGGGUAUUCCCCUGGUUGGAUAUCCCAGAAAACCAGAUGGUUCAAAGGAUUCGAGGAGGAUGUGUGUAAGUUGUGGAUCAAGAUGGAUAGACGAAAAGGAGAUUGAGCGGGAAGGUAUGACGGUGAUGAUGUCACGAGAUCAGGUGGAAAGUCCUAGAACCAAAGCUAGGAAUGAGUUAUACGGUUUGGAUGGUAAAGGAAAACAGAAAGAACAACAGCAGGAAGUAAAGGUAAAUAGAGAGGAAUUUGAGAGACAAGCUAGAGAAGGUGCCCAGAGAUCGGAGAAAGGGGUCGAAGAUGAAGUGGAAGAGGAAGACGUACAUAUGGAAGAGGAAGGCGUACGAGACUCGCAGCCAACCGUAAUGAAAUCGUCUUUCGCAUCUACGCGACCCAUGCCUCAUCCACUCCCUCGACCAAUCAACCAGCCUGUCCCACCUUCCCCUUCCUCCCCCUUAGGAAAAGCCUUAUCGUCAACCUCUGACUCCUUAUCGUCAACUCUCCAGAAUCUAUCUUCCUCUCUUGAACGGUAUGCUGCGCAUCCACCAGGACAGAGGAGAAAUGGUGAAGAUGAAAGUGGAAAAUGGUUUGUAGAUUUGAAGUUACACACGGAAGCAAUCAAGGAUGUACUGGGGGUUUUAGGACAGGUAGAGAGGGCUAAACGCGUGGGAUACUGA